CGGAAUGGGCGUGGCCAGGCAGUACGCUGUUUGCUGUGGGUGAAGUCCGGGCAGGAUUCCGUCCAGUGAGCCGCGGGCAGACAUGUGAGGAUGGAGCCGACGCUGGAGGAGCUGGUGGAGUCGCUGACGACAUCCGGGGAGCCUCAACUUAACCCCGAAAAGCUCAAGCAGCUCAAGAAGAUUUGCAGGUCUUCAGAUGCACAUAUCAGACACGUCUACCACCUACUGAUGACCCAGCUGAACCAGGAGCAUGCCGAGAUCCGCCUGUCCGCCUUCCAGAUCGUCGGCGAGCUGUUCAGUCGGUCGCACUUGUUCAGGACGCUGCUGAUCUCCAACUUUCAGGAGUUUUUGGAGCUGACUGUGGAGACGGAUCUUGACCAGCCACUGCCUCCUCCCAAGGAAGUGGCACAGAAACUGAAGAUUUUGGCCAUUAAGACUGUACAAGAAUGGCAUGAGAAGUUUGGGGAAGCCUACAAGAAGCUGUCCUUGGGAUACCACUUUCUGAAAAAGAACAAAAAGGUGGACUUCCAGGACGUGAGGUCCAGGACGGUAGCCGAGAGAAAAAGAGAAGAGGAAAAGCAGAAACGCUUAGAAAAUGUCUAAGAGAAAGCCAAGAGAGCACAGACUGAAAUGGAAGAAAUGCUCGAGGACAUCCAGUCCUGCCUCACAGAGAUGGAGAACUGCUUCAGCUUGCUGCUGCCAGAUCCUGAACAGUUCAGCCUGGUGAAUGAUGAAAAAGAUGGCGACGUGACGAAAAACAAUGCGCCUGACGACGAGCAACCGUGCUGCAGCAAGGACCUGCCCAGACUAACUGUACCCAGCACCAGCCAUGGACCUGAAGCCGAGGAAAGCUCCUCCGACGAGUCUGACAACGGCUUUGAACCUGUGGAAGAGUCUUUUAUCAGAGAACACGGUCUGGGGUCUCACUCAUACGCACUGGACAUCGAAAUAUCAACAGAUAUGAAAGUAAACGAAAAUGAAGAUAAUACAGACGUUCUGAACAGCCUAACGGAUGCCUGGAAGAUGGCAAAGAACAAGUACUGGCCUGCCGUUCAGUCCUGGAUUCAGAUUUUCACGAAGGCCGGAGUAAGUGGCGACAGCCUGAAACGUGCCAUCGACGUGAAGAAGAAACUAGAAGCCGUGAUGAAGAAGCACAAGGAGAUGAAUGUCGAGUGCAAGACCCAGGGCAGAGAGAUGGUGAGUAACGGGCGGCCUCCCGGACUGACCCUCCUCAGCCUCCGUAGCAGCGUGCUAUCAGCGCUGCGCAUGGUGUGUAAGGAUAGUGCCGAGGGCCCCUGA